AAAUGGGAAACUCUUAGAAUGGAAAAGAAGAUAUGGAUUAUGAUAAGAUGAUAAAAAAUUUUAGUUAUAUCUAAGAUAUAAAUCAUUUCCAAUUAGGAAAUAUUAAGAUAUAUGAUGCAAUAGAAAAUAAGAAUCAUAAAAUAUUUUAAUACAAGCGAUUAUGUUAAUCAGAUUAAUAAUUGCAACAAUUAAGAAAUCAUUUUAUAGAGAGAAAGAAAUUAAUAAAUGAGCAUCUAAUAAGAGUGUUUUAUGUAAUGGGUAAAGAAUCAGUUAUGUGUUCAGAUACAAGUCAUGUAGUAAUAUUAGGGGAAUAUUUUGGAAAUAGUUUAUAAUAAGAACAUGAAUAUAAGUAAAUAAAAGUGAAUUGAUUUAAAUAGUUUAAAUUAGAAGAUGAUAUUUAAUGAAUCUAGAUUAUGGUUGAUAAUAUAUUAGAUAAUUUAAUGUUGUGCAUAUCUAGAAGAAUAAGGAAAAUAUCAUGGAGAUUUGAAAAUAGAUCAUGUAUAUUUAGAUUUAGAUGGAUCAAUUAAGUUGAUAGUAAUUAAAUAAAUAUAAACAUUAAGGAACAUAACUUAAUUCCCGGAUCAUUGAAUCCUUAUUAGAAAGCAUUAUAUAAUAAUGAGUUUCAUGCAUUUUCACCAGAAAUGUUGAAUUUAUUAUAAUAAUCAGAAGAUAAGGAAAAGUAGUAUAGUAAAUUAGAUAUACUAACAUUAAAUAAAUCAGAUGUAUUUAGUUUUGGAAUGAUGAUUCUAGAAUUAGCAUCAUAAUUUGGUAUUUAAUAAAAUUAAUAUGAAUUCAGAGACUAAGUAAUAUUAUGAUUGGGAAGCUAAAACAAUGAAUUACUAACAAAUAAUAAGUUCGAUUUAAUUUUUAACUAAUAGAGGAUAUUCUACAAUAUUUUAGAAUUUAUUGUUAUAGAUGUGCUUAUAAGAUAUUGGAGAGAGACCUGGAUUUUAAGAGAUGAGAAUAGGACUACAAAGUUUGGAGAAUGACAUAUUAUCACAUACAGCCUUUUAUAGAAGUCAUAUUAAAUGA